AUGGCUAAUAAUGAGGUCAGUAUGGCACAUAAGGAGAGAGAACUCUUGGCAGAGGAUUGUUGCAAAUUGUUUGCAACUAAGCAUGCACAUGGUGUUGACUCAGCAGUUGAAGGAGGAAAUUUAAGUGUUCAAAAGGUCAAGAAAGCACAGACUUUGGCUUCAUCCAAUGCUGACAUUUUGGUAAUUCAAGAUUUAACAAACUCAUUAUCGAAGAUCCAACAACUAAUCAGAAAACUAUCAUUUGUCAAAGAUGAGGCCAAUGAAUCAAUUAAGACAAAUCUAGAUCGAUGGGAAUUCUAUAUCUUUAGACCAUGA